AAAGAAAGAGCCGUGCCAUGAUAGUUUACCCACCCACAUCAUCAAACAGAGUCAUGGAGAGAGUGAGUGAGUGACAGUACUCCUAGUCCUAGUAGCAAAAGCAGUAGCUAGCUAUCACCAACUAACUCGUUACUCUCCACUCACACCACUGUGAAAGUCUUCAACUUUCCUCCAUCAACAAUGACCCAAACAACCAACAUUUUCCUAAUUUCACUUAUUUUUCACUUUUUCACCCAUGGAACAUCAAUGCUUAACCUCACUCUUCCUGGUCAACAUCCAGACCCAGAAUCUGUUGCUAUACAAGUUCACAGGAAAGUGAAUGUUUCAAUGGGAAGAAGAGAAAUGCUAACAAUAUCAAACAAAGAUUUCUCAACAUCAUGUCUAACAGGAAACCCAAUUGAUGAUUGUUGGAAAUGUGACACAGAUUGGGCCAACAAUCGUCAAAGGUUAGCUGAUUGUGCAAUAGGGUUUGGACAAGAUGCAAAAGGAGGAAAAGGUGGUAAAUUUUACAUUGUAACAGAUUCCUCAGACAAUGAUCCUGUGAAUCCAAAACCUGGUACUCUUAGAUACGCUGUGAUACAAAAUGAGCCAUUGUGGAUUGUGUUUCCAAGUAACAUGAUGAUUAAGUUGUCUCAAGAGCUUAUUUUUAAUAGCUUUAAAACUAUUGAUGGGCGUGGUGCUGAUGUGCAUAUUGUGGGUGGUGGUUGCAUUACUCUUCAGUAUAUUAGUAAUGUUAUUAUACAUAACAUUCAUGUUCACCAUUGUCAUCCCUCCGGCAACACUAAUGUGCGGUCGAGUCCAGAACACUACGGAUACCGAACAUUAUCCGAUGGAGAUGGAAUCUCAAUAUUCGGAUCAAGAGACAUAUGGAUCGACCAUUGCACACUCUCCCGUUGCAAAGACGGUUUAAUAGAUGCCGUUAUGGGUUCAACAGCGAUAACAAUCUCUAACAACCAUUUCUCACACCACAAUGAGGUUAUGUUGCUAGGUCACAGUGACCACUACAAACCAGAUUCAGCAAUGCAAGUAACAAUAGCAUUCAACCAUUUUGGAGAACAGUUAGUUCAGAGAAUGCCACGUUGCAGGCUAGGAUACAUCCACGUGGUCAACAAUGAUUUUACAAGGUGGGAGAUGUAUGCUAUUGGUGGAAGUGGGGGACCAACUAUUAAUAGUCAAGGUAACCGAUAUACGGCUCCUGAGGAUGUUGAUGCGAAACAAGUUACGAAGAGGUUGGAUUCGGGUGACGGGGAAUGGACUUCAUGGAAUUGGAGAUCAGAAGGUGAUGUUAUGGUGAAUGGUGCAUUUUUUGUUGAUUCAGGUGGUGAUAGUGAAGGGAAUUUUGAGAAGGCUUAUAGUAUUGACCCUAAAGCUGUUGAUAGGAUUUCAGUUCUUACUAUGUCUGCUGGUGUUCUUGGUGUUGCUAGGGACAAUAAUCUGGGAAUGUGGACAAGAGCACCAAAUGGUGGUGGUGAUUAUAGUACUAUUUCAUAUUCCGGAGGACCAGAAGAGUAUACAGAUGACAUGUCCCAUAGUACAAUGCUUUUGACCUAUUCUCCUACUUUGACUCUUGUUUCUAUCUUUGUUGCACUCUUUUGUUUGUUGUAUCAUCAUGUUUCCCUAUGACAAUAGAUUUUUAACAGCAAAAGAACAAACAUCUGCAAUUUAAUUAUGAUGAUGUUUAUUGACUCUUAUUGAUAUUGAAAUCAAAAGAAACUGUUCCUAAUUAA